AUGUUUUUUUUUAUUAAAAAAGAAGAAAUGAAAAUCUCUCCAUAUGAAAAAGAACAAAAAAUUAACCAAGUUCUAUCAAUGUUCCCAUUACUCUCAAGAGAUCAUUUCUUGUAUUCAACAUUAGAAAGAAAUAAUUGGAGUUUAGAUGCAUCACUUACAAUUCUUCAAAGAAGACAUGAAUACUUGGAAGCAGAACAAUACCAAAUCGAAAGAAAAUUAGAAGAGAACCGUUUAAAGAAAGAACGUGAACAAAGAGAACGUGAAAGAGAAUUAAGAUUAAUUGCACAAGUUAGAGAUAUUUUCGGUAGUAAAUUCACAGAUCAUCAAAUUCAACGUGCACUCUAUGACAAUCGUAAUAAUGUAGAGUCAACAAUUAACCAUUUCAUGAGAGAAAUUGACCAAGAACAAUAUCGUGAAAGACAAAGAAGACAACAAAGAUUGGAUGAAGAGGAUCGUUUACAACGUCAACGUGAACGUGAUGAAUAUGAAAGACGUGAAAGAAACAAAAAAAGAGUCAAUGACCUCUUAUUAGAAAUUAAAUACUCUUCACCAGAACAAAAAAGACAAUUGGCUCAAUCCAAAUUGUUCCAAGAUGUUUUAAAAGAUUUCGAUCAUCUCACUGUUUUUGAUCAACCACCACCACCACAAAUUAAAACAAUUUAUGUCCCAGUACCACAACCAAUUCCACAACCAAGAUAUGUUAAUAAUUUCCCAACAACACCAACAAUGCCAUCAUUUUCACCACCAGACUAUAAUUCCUCAAUGUUUAAUAAUGGUAAUAAACCACCAACCACCACUACCACCACCACUUCAAAUCAACCAUUCCAAAAUUUAGACCCAUUUAAUAAUACUGCAAUUACUCCAUUUUCAACAAAUCCAUUCUUUGUUGAUCAAAAUGUAAGUCAAGGUUUAAUGAAAACUAGACCAGAAGAAGAAUCUGCUAGAAAAUUAAAAGAAUUAUUCCCAAACACCUCUGAUGAAGUAGUUAGAUAUGUUUUAUUAUCAACCGAUAAUAAUAUGUCUUUGGCAAUCCAAAAUCUUUUGGAUAUCACCAUCAAAGUUGAAAAUUCUAAAAACGCUUCAAAUUAA